AUGGGCCCUCUCAGUCUUACUCUUCCCGUCUCGGCCUUUCUCUACCUGUUACCAUCAGCGCCGAACAUAGCUUCGAAUCUUGGAAAAAUAGCGACAACCGAACAAUCGAACGGUGUCAUCGGUAAUAUUGAUUUGCCAAAAGAGGCUUACAAAAUUAAUGGGAAAGUCGAACCUGAAAAGAGCUUCUCAAACGGUGGCUCCAUUGUGUAUCCGUUGGAAAUAAUCAAACCCAUGAUAAGUUCCGACGCGACGAAACUCAACGUGGCCUUUCAAGCUAAAGUGAACUCGAAAAAAUAUCCCCAGCCCGCGAAUCAAGACGAAUCGAGCGAGAAAUUGUCGGACGAGCUUAAGGAACUUUCGAUGGAGAAGCAUCUGCUUAAAAGCUUAAAGGGAGUUCCCAAACACAAAGAUACGAACGUGAAUGAUCAUCUGUCUAUAUCGGAUAUUAUAAAUGCAUUAAAGGAACAGUUUCCCGACGUGAAUACACCGCUCGAAUCAAGGAACGCGGAUAAAAAACAUAACUCCGAUAAACCCAUCGAAAAAAGAAAGAAAAAUGAUGUCAAACUCGAUAGGAGAUCGAUCGAUGGAUCGAGUUUGACGCAGAAGCCACCCGGUAAGGAUUGCGUGAAGCUUCCGGACGAAUUUAAUCUUGAGCAUAACAUGGGGAAUAUGUAUCCGAACGAGGGCACGAUUCAAAACGGGCAAAAUAUCGAAACGAAUCAGAUUAACAAUGAAGAAUAUAAAAAUUUGGAAACUAAUGGGUAUAAACAGCAAACCGAAGCAGCAUCAGAAGCUAUGGUCGCUUCGGAAGCUUCAGACGGUUCAGUUAAUUACGAAGACUUCUAUUCAAAAUCAGCUGAUAAUCUUGGACUCGGUCUGACUCUAAUUGGUAAGAAGCAUAUUAUCGAUAAUAAAAGGGGUAAUCGUUUGAACGGUAAAUUCACGCGUCAACAUUAAA